CGUUUUGUAAUAAAAUCUAAUUCACAUCGUGAUGGGUGUAUAUGGAAUGUGAAAGAGCUGUAUGCGAUAAGAGAAUCACUGUUCGGUGGUGGAGAGGGCACCUUGGAUAAAGAGACCCACAUAAGAAAGUCAAUUAGCGGAUACCAAAAAUGGUUCAGGAAAAUUAUAGUAUGUCACUGACGUCAUUUCCGGUGUAUUAUCGCAAUUUAAUUUUCGUUUUUAAGGACAAUUUACUUUCACUAUUUAACGACGGUUGAGAAUGUACGUUAUAACUGCAACCCGAUCUGAUUUAAUUGACAGCUAGCUGUGGUUGAAUCGAACCAAAAGCCAAGAAGAAAUUGGACAUGGAGAAAUACAAAAUAUCAGAUGACAUUGGCAUAAUGAUCAUUUCUCCAUCAAGCACAUCAUCAAUAUUGAAUUGUCUUCUAAAGACUAAAGGAAUGUGCUAUACAGAAUAGAUCUAAUAUUGUUUCCAUAAAUGUAUGGUGAAGAGCUAUAUUUCUCUACUUCACUGCCUGGAUUGUGUGCAACAUAAAUUUGUAAAUAAAUUUGAAGAAAUUUACAAAGUAAUUUGCUGCUUCUUCAGAUAUCAGUGAGGAUUGCAGAUGAUGGAAAAUCUAACAGAAGGAAAUAUUUGUAACAAAUAUAAGAGCAAAAACAAGAAAUCUAUGUGUAUAUUGUGAAAGAAGAGAGAUAAAGGAAAAUUAAUUAAUGUGAAGAACUUCAAAAGGGUUGAUUUUAUUAGAAGAGAUGCUGAAAGUGGUAAAAAAGACACCAUUUCUGUGUGACAUUUGUAAUAAGACAUUCUCUCAACAAGGGAACUUAACUAUCCAUAAACGUAUUCAUGCAACACAGAAACCAUUUCACUGUGAAAUCUGUGGCAAGUCGUUUGCUCAGAAAGGUGACUUAGCCACUCACAAACGUAUUCAUACAGGAGAGAAACCAUAUCGUUGCGAUAUAUGUGGUAAAUCAUUCUCUGUGAGGGGUGCUUUAACUAGGCACAAACGUAUUCACACUGGAGACAAACCAUUUCAUUGUGAUAUUUGUGGCAAAUCAUUUCCUGAAUCUGGCCAGUUAACUAAACACAAACGUACUCAUACAGGAGAGAAGCCAUAUCGCUGUAAUAUCUGUGGUGCAUUGUUCUCUCGAAACCAUCACUUAAAGACUCAUGAGUCCGUUCAUACAGGAAAGAAACCAUAUCACUGUGAAAUCUGUGGUAAAUCAUUCUCCGAGACAGCUAAAGUUAUUAUUCACAAACGGAUCCAUACAGGAGAGAAGCCAUAUCAGUGUGAUAUCUGUGGGGAGUUUUUCUCUCAGAAACAUUACGUGACAUCUCACAAAUACGUUCAUUCAGGGGAAAAACCAAAUCAUUGCAACAUUUGUGGUAAAUCUUUUGCUCAGAAGCAGUACUUAACUAACCACCUGCGCGUUCAUACAGGUGAGAAACCUUAUCGUUGUGAAAUCUGUGGGAGAUCGUUUGCUCAGCGUUGUAACGUAAUCAAGCACAAACGCAUUCAUACAGGAGAGAAACCAUUUCGCUGUGAUAUCUGUGGGAGAACAUUCUCUGAAAGUGGUAAUUUAACUAUUCACAAACGUGUUCAUUUGUGAGAGAAACCAUAUUGUGGUGCUUGAGAAAACCCAUGAAGCCCACCAAAAUCACAGUUGUGGAAGAUACCAAUGUUACACAAAUGGCACUCGUGCCAGUGGCAUGCAAAAGCACCCAUUACACUCUCAGAGCAUCCAGCUGUAGAAAACCAUGCCAAAUCAGACUGGAUCUUGACACAGCCUUCCAGCGUGCCAGCCUAGUGAAACUAUCCAACCCUUACCAGCAUGGACAAUGGAUGCUAAAUGAUGAUGAUCAUUAUCAUUUAACAUCUAUUUUUUAUGCUGGCAUGGGUUGGACAGUUUGACUAAAGCUAGUAAGGCUAGGAGCUGCACCAGGUUCCAUUUUUUGUUCUGGCAUGGUUUCUACAGCUGGAUGCUCUUCCAAAUGCCAACCACUCCACAUAGUGUUCUAGGUGCUUUUUACAUGGCAGCAGUACUUCUAUCAAUUCUGUUAUGGUGGACGGGUCUUUUUGAGUACAACAAUUCACCAGAUAUCUCAGUCCUUUGUCAUUUCCUUCAUAAGGUUUUGCUUUUUGAGAUCAGCCUUCAAUACUUCAUGGUAAAUUUUGAGAUUUAAAAAAAACUUUUAUCCAUAUUAAUCUCCGUGUUUUUCCCGUACAUUGAAAAAUAGAUGGUGAAAAGAUCAAUGUCGGGGGAGUGAAAUUCCGAGGAUUUCAGCACACCAGUGGCAGGCAUCCAUUUGGGGGAGCCAUGCUUUUCACAUGGGCAACUUUAUGUGGCCUGCUCCCGUGUGGGUAGUAAAAACGCUCUUUUUGUAUGUGCUCCUUAGGGCAGAACACACAAUAUUGUCAAUAGCGAAGUUUUAUAGACAAGUUGUCAUUGCAGCCGAUGUGGUUAUAAACUGAUCCGGAAGCAUUGGCUGGACAUAUUCUCAAACCAUGGCAACAUGAAUUAUGGACUCUUCCUCUUUUUUAUUGGACAAUGCUGACUUCUCCAACAACAAUGCUCACUCGGCUGAUAUCAGUGAUUGGCUAAGUUGCUCAUAGAGUUAACCUAGAAGGGACAGGCCCCUUAUUUUCUGGUUAAGGCUGUUGGUAAGUUUUCCUAAGUUACUCCAAUCCAGAUCCCCAAUGCA